GUGAGCUGCGGUACGGUACCGCCAGUCGCAGUCGUCACUCGACCCGUCAGUCGAGAGUUGAACUUGAGUCUGAUUGGACCAAUAGGCAUAGCACUGACAAGAUUCUUUAAGCAGUACGAAACACUUUCACCAAGAUGCUGAGGGAAGCAAUUUUCGUUUUUACAGCAGUUCUCGCGUUGACUGGAGCAACUAUAGUUAAUCAGUGUGAAACAGACAUGCCAUAUGAAGAUUCUACGCAGAUCUCUGUGUCCGGCUGUGAACAACCUGUGUGUAUAUUAAAACAAGGAUCGACUAUUACCAUAGAGAUCAAAAUCGUGCCGAGCAGAACCAUUGAGAACUUGAUCAAUGCAGUGAGCGGAGUUAUUUUCAAUGUACCAUUACCCUUCAUAGGAGUCGACGGAACAAGUGCCUGCGAUAAUAUUUACAAUAAGGAUGGUACAAAAGUUGGAUGUCCGUUGCGAGAAGGCGUCGAAUAUGUUUAUAAGAAUAGUUUCCCUAUAUUGCCAAUAUAUCCCAGGGUUGCAGUAACCGUACGUUAUGCAUUGCGAGAAGGAAAUAAUCAAGUGUUAUGCUUUGACAUACCAUCGAAAAUUACGAAAUAAACUAUUCAAUUGUAAAUUUGGACAUGUAAUUAAAGAUUAUAGUAUAAUCUAUCUGAUCUUUCAAGCCAUCUUAUGUAAUUUAAUUGGUCAACAUUAUGCAGCAUUCUGAAUGCAAAAUAUGAUUCUAUAUCUUGCAACAAACAAAUAUUGUAUAUUACAACAUGUAUUUUAUAU